AUGGCAGCUUCAUCACCACUUCCCCUAGUUGGGGACCAAAUCCCGGGUGAUUCAGAAACGGCGGGGACGUCCAUGAAAUCAACACCCUCUUCAUUGGAAAAGAACUCUUUACAAGGGUUGGAUCGGGUCGACUCAGCGGAACACGGUAUAACAGUUGUCAACCCGAACCAAGAUGCCGAUGAAAAGCCACCACCACCAACUUCUGUCGAAGCUGACCCUAACAUCGUCGACUGGGACGGUCCCGACGACCCCGAGAAAGCUCUCAACUGGACAGAUAAGAAGAAAUGGGGCAAUAUCGCCAUUGUUUCCACCGUUACUCUCUUGACUCCUUUAGCAUCCUCAAUGGUUGCACCCGCCACCCCGCUUAUCAUGAGAGACCUUCACUUCUCGGAUCCUACACUUGGCAGCUUUGUUGUCUCAAUCUACAUCCUAGGCUAUGCAUUGGGUCCACUAUUCAUCGCACCCCUCAGCGAAGUUUACGGUCGCCUCCCCGUCUAUCACGUUUGUAACGGCCAGUUCAUCAUUUGGACCAUUGCUUGCGCUCUCGCCCCUAACAUUGGCGCACUGUUAUUUUUCAGACUAAUGGCCGGUAUUGCCGGUAGCUGCCCGCUGACGAUUGGUGGUGGAACUAUUGCCGACCUCAUUGUUCACGAGAAACGUGGUGGAGCCAUGGCUUUGUUUGCCUUGGGCCCGCUCCUGGGCCCUGUAAUCGGCCCUGUUGCCGGAGGCUACCUGGCAGAAGCUGCCGGCUGGGCCUGGAUAUUCUGGCUCAUUGCCAUCGCUGGCGGCGUCGUGUUCGCAUCUUCCCUAUUUUUCAUGCGAGAGACAUAUGAGCCGGUCCUCCUCGAGAAACGCACCCGACGACUCCGAAAGGAGACGGGGAAUUCUCUUUUACGUUCCAAACUUGACCUAGGGAUCCCUAGAAAGGAGUUCUUCAUUCGUGCCAUCGUACGUCCGACGAAAAUGCUUCUCUUUUCACCUAUCGUUCUCACUUUGUCAAUUUACAUGGCUAUCAUCUAUGGCUACCUGUACUUGUUGUUCACGACCUUGACCAUCGUCUUUGAAGGGACAUAUCACUUCAGCCAAGGCAACGUAGGCCUUGCGUUCUUGGGAAUCGGUGUUGGAUCACUGCUUGGGCUGGUGAUCUUCGGGGCCCUCUCUGAUAAAACCGUGAAGAAGUUGGCCGCUGCUGGUGAAAUGAAGCCAGAAUAUCGCCUGCCUCCCCUGAUCCCAGGGAGUUUCCUCAUUCCAAUCGGGCUUUUCUGGUACGGGUGGAGCGCAGAGAAAGCCAUUCACUGGAUCAUGCCAAUCAUUGGGACCAUGUGGGUUGGCCUUGGUCUUUUGGCAACUUUCAUGCCAAUCCAAACAUACCUGGUCGAUGCUUUCACCCAGCACGCUGCCUCGGCCAUUGCUGCGAAUACAGUCUUGCGGAGUCUUUGUGGUGCUUUCCUGCCCCUAGCAGGCCCUAAAAUGUACGACGCUCUUGGACUUGGAUGGGGCAACUCACUUUUGGCGUUCAUCGCUUUGGCUUGCGCACCUCUCAGUGUCGUGUUUUACAAGUACGGCGAAAGGAUCAGGAAAGACCCCCGAUUUCAACCGAACUUUUGA